GCAAACAUUGAUGAGGUGGAGACAGAAGUUGUGGAAAUUGAAGCCAAGCUUGACAAGCUGGUGAAACUGUGCAGUGGGAUGAUAGAGGCUGGGAAGGCAUAUGUCAGUGCCAACAAGCUGUUUGUUAACGGGAUCCGAGACCUCUCCCAGCAAUGCAAGAAAGACCAGAUGAUCUCGGAGUGUCUGGAAAAAUGCGGAGAGAGUCUGCAGGAAAUAGUCAACUACCACAUGAUCCUGUUUGAUCAAGCACAGAGGUCUGUCAAGCAGCAGUUGCACAACUUUGUCAAAGAGGACGUGCGUAAGUUCAAGGAGACGAAGAAACACUUUGAUAAGGUGCGUGAGGACAUGGAGAUAGCGCAGGUGAAGAACGCCCAGGCGCCCAGAAACAAACCCCACGAGGUAGAGGAGGCCACGAGUACGCUCAACAUCACCCGAAAAUGUUUCCGCCACCUCGCCCUGGACUACGUCCUCCAGAUCAACGUCCUUCAAGCCAAGAAGAAAUUUGAAAUCUUAGAUGCGAUGCUGUCUUUCAUGCAUGCCCAGUACUCACUCUUUCAGCAGGGCUUUAACCUGCUGGAUGAGAUUGACCCGUACAUGAAGAAACUGGCUGCUGAGCUGGACCAACUUGUCAUUGAUUCAGCCAUGGAGAAGAGAGACAUGGAACACAAACACGCCACCAUUCAGCAGAGGACCCUCCUACAGGACUUCUCCUAUGAUGACUCAAAGGUAGAGUUCAAUGUGGAUGCACCCAGUGGUGUGGUGAUGGAGGGCUACCUGUUCAAGAGAGCCAGCAAUGCUUUCAAGACAUGGAACAGACGGUGGUUUUCUAUACAAAACAACCAGCUGGUUUAUCAGAAGAAGCUCAAGGACUCCUUGACAGUUGUGGUGGAAGACCUGAGGCUGUGUUCAGUUAAGCCCUGUGAGGACAUCGAGAGGAGGUUCUGCUUUGAAGUUGUUUCACCUACCAAGAGCUGUAUGCUGCAGGCCGAGUCAGAGAAGCUGCGUCAGGCCUGGAUCCAAGCCGUCCAAGCCAGCAUUGCCUCCGCAUACAGGGAGAGUCCAGAUAACUACUACAUUGAGCAUCUGGAUAGAACUGCUUCCCCAUCCACUAGCAGCAUUGACUCAGCCAGUGAGCCACGGGAGCGCAGCAUGCGGGGGGAGAGCAUCUUGCAUCGGGUCCAGUCCCUCCCCGGAAACGAGCAGUGCUGUGACUGUGGACAGGCCGACCCUCGCUGGGCUAGCAUCAAUCUGGGCAUCCUGCUCUGCAUCGAGUGCUCAGGCAUCCACAGGAGUUUGGGGGUUCACUGUUCUAAAGUACGGUCUCUCACUCUGGACUCAUGGGAACCAGAGUUGUUAAAGCUGAUGUGUGAGCUCGGGAACAGCAUCAUUAACCACAUCUAUGAGAGCACGUGUGAGGAGCAGGGGCUGAAGAAGCCAGGGCCAAACAGUUCCAGGCAGGAGAAGGAGGCCUGGAUCAAAGCAAAGUAUGUGGAGAAGAAGUUCCUGAAGAAGAUGGUGGCUGGUGAUGUGCUAGUCAACGGUGAACAGAAGUCCGAGCGCCACUGGAGCGUUAAGAAAUGCCGAAGACACAACAGUGCCAUCACGAACCCCAAAUCACGACGAAAAUACCGUCAGGAACCUGGCAGCACCUCUCCUGCCACGCUCUCCUCAGCUGCUGCCGCUUUGGAAAGAAAGUUCCGGCGAGACUCACUCUUCUGCCCUGACGAAUUGGACUCUCUUUUCUCCUACUUUGACACGGGCUCAGGGCCUCGCAGCCCUGCAGGUCUGAGCAGUGACAGUGGACUGGGGGGCAGCACAGAUGGUAGCACAGACAUCUUGGUCUUUGGCUCAGUAGUGGACAGUGUCACAGAGGAGGAGUGUGAGGUGUCAGAUGACUCGAGUGGUGAGACAGAAAUGGAGCCGGAGGCGUCAGAUCUGGAGGACAUGCGGGAGCUACAUCCUGGAGCAUUGCUCUACAAAGCCUCCAAGGCUCGUAACCUGCCCAUCAUGGCUGAAGCCCUGGCCCACGGCGCAGACGUCAACCUGGUCAAUGAAGAGGACGAGGGAAAGAGCCCCCUCAUCCAGGCUGUAAUUGGAGGUUCUUUGAUAGCUUGUGAAUUCCUGCUGCAGAACGGUGCUGAUGUCAACCAAAGAGAUCAGAGAGGGAGGGGUCCUCUGCACCAUGCCACAUAUCUGGGACACACAGGUCAGGUGUGCUUGUUCCUAAAGAGAGGGGCCACACAGAAUGACGGUGAUGAGGAUGGCCAGGAUCCUCUAAGCAUUGCCGUGCAAGCAGCCAAUGCAGAUAUUGUUACGUUGUUGCGUCUGGCACGGAUGAAUGAGGAGAUGCGGGAGUCAGAGGGCCCAUUUGGACAGCCAGGAGACAGCACCUACCUGGACAUCUUCCGUGAGUUCUCCCACAUGGCCUCCCACAAUCCUGAGAAGCUGAAGAGGAGAAGUGUCCACUUCUGCCAUUCCUUCAGAGACUGACUGAAGAUCACCAGUGGACUAACAAGACAUGCUGC